CGAGGUGCACCUUCUACGGGCACUCCUUCCGCCCAUGUUCGAGGUUCGGAACCGGAUUCGGCUGUGCUGAUGACUGGUGGGGCUGCGGGUCGAGAAGAGGAGGCUACUGGUCGGCAGGGGAAAUCUACGAUGGACGUUGUGUCUAGGCGUAGAAGGUCUGGUGAGACGUCCGUUGCUAGUGUGGGAGACGAGGUUCCUGUCGUCGACCACAAAGACAGGUGUUGGAUGCUAGACUGGGUGGGUGGAAUCAGGGAACCCUCGGGUAGGCUGGUUUUGUACAUGGUGAUCAAAGAUAAUAUUGUUCCGAUUGGUGGUGUGGUGAAGUGGAGUGGAGGAAAUUCACAGUUCGCCAUGUUGGAGUUGACGAUGGUCCUUGACGCUAGAGCUAUCAGAGAGAGAACGACCGGGGCAGCCGGGGUGAAUGUAUGUGCAUUGUACGAGAAGCCUGUCCUUUUGUUGAUUGGGCUACAUGAUACAAUGCAUACUGACGCUUCCGGUACGAAUGUGAGGGCGAGAAGAGUGACGCCCGGCGAAUUCGAUCUCCAAUCCGUGCGCAAGUACUACUGGUACCCUCUCAGUGGUCAACACAAUGUUGCGGCGGCGAGGAAAUGUUCUCAAGAACGCYCURACAUCGCCYGUGAGCUCCGUUUGGAUUGCUGGACUGCAAGGCCUGUUUACUAUCCGGAUAAGAGCAUGGAGAAUUACUGCACCUUGAGCACUUUCCAAAAUCCGAAGGACAAAUGGAAUACUCCUCCGCACCAGAUUGCUAUCGUUAAGAACAUACGAAAGUUGUGGCAAGCAGUCGGUCGUCCAGAAGCUAUAGGCGGAUCUGCUGCAGACGUCAAAAAUAAGGAUUACAUAGAGUUUGCGGCGAUGGCUCUGCGCGCGACCGGGAGUGAUCAUUUGGUUACUCUUUCACUUCAUGCUUGGAGCAAGGAGUGGUCCGACUUCCUCGGGCCUUACAUGGUAUUGGCAAGUUCGACGGGCGAUGUGUUCGAGAAGGUGCAACAAGUGUAUUCUGCUUGGGAGAGUGGACAGUUGUCGGGGAGAGAUGGUGUGAAGCCUGCCACCAAACAAGGUGAAUCGGGGAAAGCGCCGAGACCUGGCCCCGGAUUCGAGUUGGAAAAAGGAAUCAGGGUUCCAGUGCAUUGGAUUCAGGGUACUAGAGGACCUGGUUACCUCGCGGUUGUGUGCGAUCCGGAUGUCAGAUCAUGGAAGGCUAUGUCUACGUUGGGGAGGCGUGAGAGGCUUCAGCUGUUGAGAGACAUUCUCGCGGGAAGUGUCAUACUGGCUCCAAGGCUAAGUAAAGCUGCUCACACUGCCGGAAAACAUUCGAUGGAGACAUACGCGGAAAUGGUGAAGCAGGAAAGAGCAAUGUUGAGAAUGUUUCACUACUUCGUCUUCAUUUCUGACCCUCACAAGAAGCCGUCAGAGUGGAAGGAACCAUUCUUCAACAACCUUUCUGAUUUGUUCGCUAGGUAUUGUGAUCAAGGAUUGACAUCGGAGAGGUGGAUUGACUAGCGACGGUAUUUCAAAGAAACGAGUUGGGUGAGGUCAUUUCCGACUACACUUGGAGGCGAGGAUGAGAAAGGAGAUAAAGGCUUCAAGAAAAC